GGCGAACUCAACAUCAAAUCAAGCUCACUGCUUUCUGUAGUCACUACAACCAAAAACACAAAACCCAUCAACAAUCAACAUGAAAUUCUUCGCCGUCUGCUUCUUCGCUGUUGUGGCCGUGGCUGCUGCCAAGCCCGGCAUUGUGGCUCCUCUGGCCGCCGCUCCUCUGGCUUACACCGCUCCGGCUGUGGUGGGCAGUGCCGCCUACGUGGCUCCCUACGCCUCCAGCUACACCGCCCACUCGGUGGCCCACAGCGCCGCCUUCCCAGCUGCCUACACCGCUCCAAUUGCCGCCGCCUACACCGCUCCCAUCGCUGCUCCAGUGGCUGCCGCUUAUACCGCUCCAGUGGCCGCUGCCUACGCCGCUCCUGCCGCCUAUACCGCUGCCUACACCGCACCCAUUGCCCGUUAUGCCGCCACCCCCUUCGCAGCUCCCAUCGCCGCCCCCGUGGCUGCCGCCUACACCGCCCCCAUCGCCGCCGCUGCUCCCCUUCUGCUGAAGAAGUAAGACGGGUGAUUGUGAAUCCCAUCUUGACCAAUUUGUGUAAAUAAAGAAUUGUACAUACCCACGACAA